UACAUAGAAGAAGAAAGGUGAAAAGUCAUGGCGGCUGACAGUUUGUAAUGAGCCAACAAAAACAGAACAGAUUCUUGCAAGUUGGAUCUACAACGUUUAAACUAAGCCCGGCGAAAAACACUACAACGACAAAAUGCAGAUAACUUUGAAAACCUUACAACAGCAGACGUUUAAAAUCGACAUCGAUGAAGAGGAGACGGUGAAGACUUUAAAAGAGAAGAUUGAACAGGAGAAAGGAAAGGACCAUUUUUCAGUCGGUGGACUGAAGCUGAUCUAUGCUGGUAAAGUCCUCAGCGAUGACACAGCCCUCAAAGAAUACAAUAUCAAUGAGAAGAACUUUGUGGUCGUCAUGGUGACAAAGGCUAAAACGGCCUCAGCCGCUUCACCUUCCACCUCAGCUCCCAGCACUGCAGCUUCUGCAGCAGCUGCCUCAUCGUCCAGCUCUGAAAACACAGCAGAGCGUUCCUCUACAGACGACAAACCAGAGGACAGACCGUCUUCAACUGCUGAACCAACUUCCACUCUUGUCGGAAGCUCUGAGGCGUCAACAAACACAAACCUGAUCGAUGAGGCCGUUUCAAAUCUAGUGACGGGCCCAUCAUAUGACGCCAUGGUGAACGAGAUGAUGCUCAUGGGCUACGAAAGGGAGCAGGUCGUAGCGGCUCUGCGAGCGAGCUUCAACAACCCAGACAGAGCUGUGGAGUACCUGCUCACAGGUAUUCCAGGCAGAGAUUCGGGCGAUGCAGCAGGACCUCAGGCGGUGGUGUCUCCAGUGAGUGGAGUUCAAUCUGCACCCAUAGGUGGUAUUAGCCUUCCCCCCAACACUGGCUCUUCACCAAGUGCUGCGGGAGGCAACCCCUUGAGCUUCCUCAGAAAUCAGCCCCAGUUCCAUGUGAUGCGACAGCUGAUCCAGCAGAAUGCCGCUCUGCUUCCUGCCCUGCUGCAGGAGAUCGGCAGGGAAAACCCAGAGCUGCUGCAGGAGAUCAGCAGCCACCAAGAGCAGUUCAUCCAGAUGCUGAAUGAACCCAAUCCAGAGGCAGUGCCGGCAGGUGGUGGAGCAGGGGGAGCCGGAGGGACGGCAGGUGAUGCACCCGGUGGGAGUCACAUGAGCUACAUCCAGGUCACGCCACAGGAGAAAGAGGCCAUUGAGAGGCUAAAAGCGUUAGGAUUUCCAGAGGGACUCGUUAUACAAGCUUACUUUGCUUGUGAGAAGAAUGAGAACUUGGCAGCCAACUUCCUUUUACAACAGAACUUUGACGAUGAUUAAACUGUCAUUUAGAUUUUCUUUUUUCUUAUUUCUUCCUCUACUUUUUGAUUGCUAAAUAUGUGUACAACAAGCCUAGUUACGUUUCCAAAAUAAGUUUUAUUUUUAUUCACCACUUUCACAUUCAGCUUUCUUAAUAACACUGGAUUAUUAUCAGCUGGUGAACAAGGACAGGCUGUUGUUUGUGAUCAGUUCGAAAUGGAGAAACAAUUAAAGUACAAUAACUUUGCAUCAGAAAUCACUUUUCUUUUUUUACUUUAGUUAAUCAAUAUGGUUUGCAGUAUGUGUCACAUAAUAAGUUAAAUUUGUUCAGGCUAGAUCUGACAGUAUUCAUGCACUAUUAUUCUUCUGUUUUUAAGUUGACAAGUAAUGGAGAUUUGAAAAAUUAAAGCUGUGCACAACAAACAA